CAGGAAGUGUGUCCCCAGCGGCGGCCCGUGCAGCGCUCCCGCGAGACGCUCACCUGCGCUCCAGGUGCCUGACUGCAACAAAUCUUGCAAUGAGCCAUGCCCCGCCCUGGACACCCCCGCCCAUCAUCUGGGCCCCCACGCUUGGGACCCUGGGAACAGCCAACAGAACUAUGCCUGGAGACUUUUGAUGAGCCGUCCCAACCUCCACCAAGCCGCCGCACCCGCAGGCCAGACCCCAAGGACCCUGGCCACCACGGGCCGGAGAGCCUUACCUUCAUCUCCGGCUCUGCUGAGUCGGCUGCUGAGCCCCCAGCCUGUUGCCUGCUCUGGCGACCCUGGGUGUGGGACUGGUGCCGGGCUGCCCUCUGCUUCCGUCGCUGCCGGAGUUGCCUCCAGCGUUGUGGGGCGUGCAUGCGGGGCUGCAGUCCCUGCUUGUCUGCUGGGGACUCCCCCGAGGGGGCUGCUGAAGCCACCUGGGCCAAAGACCACAAUGGAGUGCCCCCCAGCCCCGACCGCGCACCUCCCAGCCGGCGGGAUGGCCAACGGCUCAAGUCAACCAUGGGUAGCAGUUUCAGCUACCCUGACGUCAAGCUCAAAGGCAUCCCUGUAUAUCCCUACCGCAGCACCACCUCCCCAGCCCCGGAUGCGGACUCCUGCUGCAAGGAGCCACUGGCCGAGCCCCCACCCAUGCGGCACAGCCUGCCUAGCACCCUUGCCAGCAGCCCCCGGGGCUCUGAAGAGUACUACUCCUUCCAUGAGUCGGACCUGGACCUGCCCGAGAUAGGAAGCGGCUCCAUGUCCAGCCGAGAGAUUGAUGUGCUCAUCUUCAAGAAGCUGACAGAGCUGUUCAGCGUACACCAGAUAGACGAGCUGGCCAAGUGCACAUCAGACACUGUGUUCCUGGAGAAGACCAGUAAGAUCUCGGACCUUAUCAGCAGCAUCACCCAGGACUACCACCUGGAUGAGCAGGACGCUGAGGGCCGCCUGGUUCGCGGCAUCAUUCGCAUCAGUACCCGCAAGAGCCGAGCCCGCCCGCAGACCACAGAGGGGCGCUCCAUGCGGGGUGCUGCCCCUGCUGCUGCCCCUGACAGUGGCCAUGAGACCAUGGUGGGCUCAGGGCUCAGCCAGGAUGAGCUCACAGUGCAGAUCUCCCAGGAGACUACUGCAGAUGCCAUCGCCAGGAAGCUGAGGCCUUAUGGAGCUCCAGGAUACCCAGCCAGCCAUGAUUCAUCCUUCCAGGGUACAGACACAGACUCAUCAGGAGCACCGCUGCUCCAGGUGUACUGCUAACCCCAACUGGGCCCAGGACAGCAACCCCUUCUGGGAGAAGUACAGCCCACAGCAUGAAGAGGGGAAGCAGGAGCCCUUUUGGAGGAAGCUGGGCCAUUAAGACCAGAAGCAGGGGCCACCCUGGCUCCUCCCACCUCAGUUGACUGGUUCCUGAACCAUGUGCAUUUCACUGGGCCAUGGUGCCCACAUCACCCUGGUUCCCUUGCUGGCCUGACCCCUGACUGGGCCUGUUCCUUCCUGCUCGGUCUUCAGAAGCCCGAAUCAUGGAAAGCGAAGACUUACAGUUCCUUUCUGGGAUUGAAUCCCAGCUCUACCCCCAUUAUAUGCACCCAUAAUCAUACAAAGUUCCUCCUCCCCAGGAUGAGGGUGGGGGGAAAGAGUGAUAGCUCACAGAAGCUUAUCUUGAAUGGAUUGGGUUGGGGGCAGGCAGGGUCUGUCUGGAAUUCUGUGGGCAGUGCCCACUCCACAUUAUGUUCUACUGGUUCUUGGCUGAUGUUCUGUAUACUAACAUGACCACAGUUGCAAGUACAAAAGUAGUAGAUGACUGCCUGGUCAUCUCGGCUGUGAUACUGCCCUUUCUGUCCAAUCUGCUGGACUGCUACACAGAGCAGGAGACAGGAUAGAGUGCCCAGCCUGCCUUAGCGUUAUGGGGUCAGUCAGAAGGCUAAAAUGAGAGCAAGACUGCCCACCUAGGAGGUUCACUGAGUUCCAGGUAAAGAGCCAGUUUCUGUAGUUUCUGUACCUGAGAAAGUUCUAAUAAGUGGUUUCUAUCACUGUUGAGAGGUUCUUCUAGGCAGGCCUACCAACUCCUGAAGGCUGGCCUGUUCCCAGCCAUUCUUGCAGCUUCCCCAAAUCCUUUGAGCUUGGUCAGCCCCCACCCAGCCUGACUUGAAGCCCCAUCCCCCUCUUCCAGGUUCUGACAAAACACCAGGGUCUACUGGAAUCUUCUUGACCUUCCCAACAACCCUGGAGUGGGCUCAUUCUUUGAUGGACUGUGAGGCUAGGGCUCUGAGGGGUCAAGAAACUUGGUCACACAGCUAGUAACUGGCUCUGGACCUGGAAGCUGGCCUCUUGGCAGUUUUGUCCCAAAGCUGGCAAGCUGACCUGCUUGGGGCAGAAGCGAGAUCUGUUUAAUUUUUUUUUUUAUUUUUUUUUAUUUUAUGAUAGAGAGAGAGAGAGAGGCAGAGGGAGAAACAGGCUCCAUGCACCGGGAGCCCGACAUGGGAUUUGAUCCCUGGUCUCCAGGAUCGCGCCCUGGGCCAAAGGCAGGUGCCAAACCGCUGCGCCACCCAGGGAUCCCCGCGAGAUCUGUUUGGACACAAGCCUAACUGGGUUCAGAAGGAUCCUACUUAGCCCUCCCUCCCACACAGGAGAGUGUCCUCAGCCUCUCAGCAGUGAGGACAGAGCAAGCCCACCAGCCCAUCCUUGCCCAGGAUCCCCCUCCUUAGCCACUACCUCACCUAGAGCCCUCACAGCGUCCUUCUAUUGUCCUCAUAGGCCCUUUUGGAAGAUGACAACCAAACUACUUAUCUAGCUCCCUACAGACACACAGGCCAGUCCCCUUAGGGGCUUGUGACCAUAGGCCCCAGUACCAGGGACAAACUGGCCCCUUUCCUGCAGCUCUGCCGUCCCAUCCAAGGCCAGGCCUCUCCAAGACUCAGAGUGUCUACAGUGAGACACUGAGAGAUGUAAAUGGAAUCAGGUCCAGCUGGUCUUAAGUUCUGCUGAGUCAUGGGCCCCUUAAGAAUCUGACGUAUAUUCUGGUCCUAUAACCAGAAAAACUCACCUAUGCUCAGUCACAGAGACUAAAAGCCUUGUUUUAAUUCUCCCUUUUAAGUAGAGAA